AAAAACUGAUGAAGCAGCUGAGAUCCACGUGACACUAUUAUAAAGAUGGUGUUUAUUAAAGAGGAGAGUGAAGACAUGAAGAUUAAAGAAACAUUCAGAGUCAAACAUGAAGAUACUGAGACACAAACAGGUCUAAUGGCACUGAAAGAGGAAAAACAAGACCUGAACGAAACAGAAGAGAAAGAUCAGAAUGAGAAACAUGAUUUCAAAACUGAAGAAAAAUUGAUUAGUUGCUCACAGACUGAAAAGACUUUCUCACCAAGAAAAGCUCAAAAAACACAAACAACAAACCUUAAUUCCCACAUGAGAAUUCAUACUGGAGAGAAACUUUACACCUGCCAACAGUGUGGACAGAUUUUCAAUCAGAAAGAAAGCCUUGACGUCCACAUGAAAAUUCACUUUAAAAAGAAGCCGUUAAUAUGUCCUCAGUGUGGAAAGAGUUUUACACGGAAAGAUCACCUUAAUGCCCACAUGAUCAUUCACACUGGAGAAAGACCUUACACCUGCCCUCAGUGUGGAAAGAGUUUCAGGGUUAAAGGAAACCUUAAAACUCACAUUAGAACUCACACUGGAGAGAAACCUUAUACCUGCAAUCUGUGUGGGAAGAGUUUCUCAUUAAUUAAUGGUCUUAAGACUCACAUGAGGACUCACACUGGAGAGAAGCCAUUUGUAUGUGAUCAGUGUGGAAAGAGUUUUACACAGAAAAAGCUCCUUAAUGCCCACAUGAGAAUUCACACUGGACUGAGUCCUUUCACCUGCGAACAGUGUGGGAAGGGCUUUGGACGAAAAGAAUAUUUUAAGACUCACAUGAGGAUUCACACAGGAGAGAACCUGUUCACAUGUGAUCAGUGUGGAAAGAGUGUCACAUGUAAAGACAACCUUAAAAAGCACAUGAGGAUUCACUCAAGCGAGAAAAAGUUUAAAUGUCAUCAGUGCAAAAGGAGAUUCACAGACAGAAAUCACCUUCAGGAUCAUGUUAAAAUUCACAUGAGAGAAACACCUUUCAAGUGCCAUUACUGUGAUAAAGGUUUCAGAGGCAAUUCAAAUCUUCAGAAUCACCUUAGAAUUCACACUGGAGAGAAACCUUUCAUCUGCAAACAGUGUGGAAAGAGAUUCACAAUUUCAGGAACCCUUAAAACUCACAUGAGAGUUCACACUGGAGAGAAACCGUACAAGUGUCUUCAGUGUGAGAAGAGUUUCACGUGUCAAAGCAGCAUGAAACGUCAUUUACAAAAUUGCCAUUCAUUUUGAAGGACAAUUCAGUUGUAAUCAGUGUAAGGAAAAACAUUAUAUGCAUUCACACACUUAAUGUGAAAAAUCAUGCAAGUGUGAGACCAUGUUUGUGUUCUUUGUUAUCAAGUAUGAUGAUAAAAAUUGUCUGAUUGACACCUUGACUACUUUUACUUGCAUCCUUCAUCUCUUUGUGCUUCACCUGUGGCCAUCUUUGCUGUAGUUUCACAUAUUGAGCACUUGUGGUAUAUUCCUUCCAAUUUGACUGGAAAUCUGUUGUCAAAGAAGUUUGCUUGGCUUUCUUCAGACAUGGCAGAGAUGUUGGCAGCGUAUCUCAAAUUUAAGAAUGCCAACAGCACCUGCUCAUCAAUGUUAAGUGCCUGUGCAACCACGUUUUCACCAUGUGCGCUCUACCUGACUUUAGGGCCAGCAGAUAUUUCUUAGUUGUGAUGAUGCCCAGAUGCGUCACCCACAUGGUAGUCCAGGCUCCCGCUGUCUAGUGGGUCCACAUCAGCAGUCCCACACAACUUCUAAAGGCUGAAACGUCAACGCCUGAGAUCUCAUUAUUUUUCAAAUGCAUCUGUUUACAUAUGAGAUUGCUUAUUUCUUCGUCUGUGUUUUUGCUCAGGAGAUUCUGGACUCAGGAGAUGCGUAACCAGCAUAUAACAGUGAAAAUGUGGGAACCCAGAAAAUUUGGCAAGAAGCAUUGUCUCAUAAAUAACAGAAUAUUCUGCAUUUGGUAGGGAAAGAGUUAAGUGUACAAUGUUUACAAAAGCAUGAAAUUUUAGAUCAGAUACUGAAGAAUCAACUUUGUGUUUAAAAUAAGCAAAUAAGCACCCUU